AUGAAUUCAUUCCUCUCUCUUAGAGCAGCAUCCAGCAAGUCACUUUCAUUACCAACCAGAUUCAGCUCAUCGAAUUCUUUUGAUUAUCAUCCUACCAUCUAUGCAUUAUCCACAAAAUUAGCCAGAUCUGCCAUUGGUGUGGUCAGAAUAUCUGGUUCCCAGUCUGAAUUCAUUUACAAGACAUUAACCAGAGCCAAAGCAAAACCUAAAUCCAGGGUAACUAGUGUAAGGAGACUAUAUUCUCCCACUUCCGGUACAUUACUUGAUGAAUGUCUUACAAUUUUCUUUAAAGGUCCCAGAACUUAUACUGGAGAGGAUUUGUUAGAAUUGCAUUUACAUGGUGGGACUGCCAUUAUUCAGUCUGUAUUGAAAGCCAUCAAGGGCUUGAACGAUCCAGAUCAAGGGAUUAACAUACGGUACGCUGAAAAUGGUGAGUUUUCAAGAAGAGCCUUCAUCAGUGGGAGAUUCGAUUUGACCGAAGUUGAAGGGGUAAGAGAUAUGAUUGAUGCUGAAACCGAGUCUCAAAGAAUUGCUGCACUUUCAUCUUUAACCGGUAAACUGAAGGAUCUUUUCUCAUCCUGGAGAGAGGAAAUUGUUAAGAAUGUUGCAUUGUUAACAACAGUUAUCGAUUUUGGUGAAGACCAUGACAUAGAAGAAGUCGCUCAUCUUUUCCAAGAUGUGGAUCAAAAUAUUCAACGACUCGAAAGUGAAAUAGAAGAAUACCUCAAAAGAGUUCAAGGAUCCGAAGUUUUAUUAAAAGGUAUCAAGCUCAUACUUGUGGGUCCACCUAAUGCUGGUAAGUCAUCGUUAUUGAACUAUAUAGCGAAUCAGGAUGCAGCUAUAGUGAGUGACAUUGCUGGUACCACAAGGGACAUUAUUGAUAUACCCAUUGAUAUUAAUGGAUACAAAGUAGUUGUUGGUGAUACCGCAGGUAUUAGAGCACCAAGUGCAGCCGAUACUAUUGAAAAGGAGGGAAUCAAGCGAGCAAAACAGAAGGCAAUUGGAGGUGACGUUGUUUUGAUAAUUAUUCCCGUGAGCGAAGAAGAAACAGUGGACUACAAUGAUUUAUUGGAAUUGGUUGAAUCUUUGAAAAGGGAAAAUAAGGAGUUGGUUGUAGUAUUAAAUAAGCAAGAUCUACUUACUCAAACUGAAGAAACAACCAUAUCCGAGUUAAGCAAAAAAUUGAAUUUGUCACCAGAACAAUUCAAACUAGUGUCUUGUAAAACUGGGUAUGGAAUGGAAGAUUUGACUCAACAGUUCACCAACAUUUUCAAAAAAAUUUCGUUGUCCGAUUCUGCAGACCCAAUAGUCAUAUCAGAAAGAGCUCAAGAUUUAUUGAAGAAUGAUGUUCUUUAUGGAUUCUCUCAAUUCAAAAUUUGGAAAGAAAAUGAGGAUGUUGUGCUUGCCAGCGAAAGUCUUCGACAAUCAGUAGAAGGUAUUGGGAAAAUCACUGGACAGGCAGUUGGCGUUGAAGAAAUUUUAGGGGUAGUAUUUUCAAGCUUUUGUAUAGGUAAAUAGGACUUACAGUGUAAUAUAUUUAGUGAGUACUGAUACAUAUGUUUCAUUAUAUAGAUUUUGCAGGAAGGAAAAU